AUGGAAAAGAGUGCUUCUCAGCCUACAGAAGAUGGCCAACAAUCCAACUCUGCACCCAAGGAUGUGGCUGAAGUUCUUACUAAGCACACUAAGAAGCCGAUGUUUCUUAAGCAUGUGAGGGUCCAACACGUGCAUGAGAGAUCCAGUCAUAGCGACUGUGAGGCAGAACAGGAAGCACAGAAGAGGGGGACAACCGAGCUUCAGGCCCGUGUUGAAACCUUGACCAAUCAGUUAAAGGAAUCAGAAGAAGCAAGGAUCCGGCAAGAAGAAGCAAGGACCAAGCAAGAAGAGGAGAACAGGAAAAAGCAAGUGCACUUGGAAGCUAAAUUAGACUUCUUACUAAAUCAUAUUAGUCCAGGGUGA